AAUUGGAUUUGUCUCAUAAUAACAUAACUAAAUUAGAUGUAAGCGAUUGUUAUGACUUAGAAAAAAUAAUUUUUGCGCAUAAUAGUCUUACUAGAUUAUUAAAUCAUCCCAGAGAUUUUGUUAAUCCUGAAAAAUUAACUUAUUUAAAUAUAAUGAAUAAUAAUAUCACUAAAAUUGAUUUGAGCUUCUUUAACAGAUUUAUCAAUUUAGAAACUUUAUUUAUAGGAACUGAUGAUAGAGAAAAAAUAGAGCAAGGCUUAAUUCACUUACCAGAUAGUUUAAAAGAAUUUUUUUAUGAAGUUUAUCGCCCUGAAGCCAAGGUAAUGAAAAUUAAAAAGAAACUUGAGCCCUUUGAAGGGAAUGUUAAGAAAUAUAAGGAAGAUAAAUCAAGAAAAGUUCCAAAUAAAAAAUUAGCAGAAAAUAUUGAGUUAGAAGAA